UGUGUAUUUUUUAAUUAUUUACGCUUAAACGUUUUUCGUUAAAUUUUCAUUAUGAAACGGGUAAUAAAAUAAAUCCAAUUACUGAGAAAUAUACUGGUAGAGAAGACACCGUGGACGAACAAUUCUUUCUCUUUGCUAUAAAUUUUCUAUCUCUUUGCGUCUAUCUUUCUAUCUCUAAUUAAUGAGCAGUGUGAAUCAAUAUUUGAAUUGGGUGAGUUACUUUACAACGAUCACUUCUCUCUUUCCUUUUUCUUUGAUAUACUGAUAUACUGGAUGUGAUGAAUAUCGAUCAGUAUUUUUUAAAGUGGUAUGCCAAAAGAAUUUUCUAAUUAAAUUCUUCAAUAUCAAAAUUUUGUAAGAAAUUCUUUGCAAGCUAAACACACACGUUCUCUUUUAUUUUCUUUCUAAAUUUAUAUGCAAUUGAAAUUAUAAAACACAAAAUGCAAAUCUUCAUUAAAAUAGGUGGUUUAUCUAUUCUCUCAAUCUCCCGAAGAAAAUAUUUCUUGACAACAAACAGGCAAAAAUAGAACACUUGACUUCUAUUUCAAUAUUGACAGUAAAGAAAUUGUUUCGUGGAUAUUCUUAUCUCCUGAUAUAACUGAAUCAUCUCUUUUUAAUAUUUUAUUACUUCAAAAAUUUUCUUGCCCUUCUAUACAAUCAAUUGGCAUUUAAUUGCUAGCGUCUGGUGACGUCCGAUCGAUCAUUUUUUAUUUGGCGCUCAAACUCGUUUGUAUUCCUUUGCGCCCCUUUAUCUGGUGGUGAAUUCGCUUUCUCGCCUGGCUCCUAAAGAUAGCCCGGCACAUUAUUUCAAGCUAGCUCUUUCGCUCGAGUAAAACGAUAUCUUUGCUUGAGAGGCUACCUUCCGUAACACUUUCUAAGGGAGCUUUUUGUCCAGUGCCCGCGGAUCAAAUCAAAGACGUGGAACAUGUUAUUUUCAAAGAGCCAUUGUCGAUAAAGUGCGUCCUCUUUUACUAAGUUACAAACGAACAGGAUUAUCACGAAAACACAAGGAUAUUAAACAAUUUCUGCUAUAUAAAAUUGACUUCAUGUUUUAAACAAAUUUCAAGAUAUUAAAUUAAUAUAACGUACUGCUAAAGCAUGAUAUUAUAAAUUGUAUUUCUUUAUAUAAUUUUAAUGGAUUCCUCCUAUAAGGACCUAAGUUGAAGAAAAUUUAGCUGUUAUACGAAUUUAUGAUAUAAGAAAAAGAAUACUUUUUUAUUCUUCUCGCGGAAUGUGACAUUAUACUAACUUCUUUUAUUAAAAUAAAAUAAUAAAAACGAAAGAAAAUCUUGUAACGAUUCUCCGGAUGACGAUAGAAAAGAAUAUCAUUUCAUUUCUCUCAAUAUACGUAUAGUAAUAGAGUUGAGAGAACCAGAAAUUUCAAUAAAGGAUCAGGUAAAUGGAAUUACACGAAUUAUUCGCGUGGCAAUCACCGCCACAUCGCAAUCACAGGUCACAUCGAUGAUCUACAUUCAUGCGAUUCGUUCAAGGGUAACGGAACGCCUUGCUGAAUUCUGGCAUGUUCGAUACAAUGCUGUUCAAUCUAAGCUAAGUUGAGGCGUUGAAUGUUUAGUAUAUUGCAUGUGUAUUCUUGAAUAUAGUUGUUAAAAGACAUCUUAUGUAUUUCAUAUUGCGCGCCUAUUUGAAAUUUGGAAUUUGCAGCUAUGAUUAACGAGUAUAUUCUUUUAUUUUCCAUCCGGAUUACCUUGUCGCUGCAGCGCUUGUCCGCGCUCUCUUUUCUCACGGACCACAGAAGGUGUAACGCUCUAUAGGAAAAUAAGAGAAGUUUUGAGUUGUUAUUAAUAAAGUAUUCUUCGUAAGCACAUAAUCAAACUGUGUUUUUAGAAUCCUUCCGCUACAUACGCUACAGAAAUUCAAUGAGAUAACGUCACGUAGAAACUGUAAAAAGUUAGAUAAUCGUACAAGCAUUAUUCAUAAUGAAUUCUGUUUGAUCUUGCUACAUUUUUUUAUAGAAAUUCACGUUUACCAGAAACAUGAAGAAUAACUUGUUACAAUGAAAGAAAUAUAGCUAUAUGUCUCUGUUACUCAUUUUAUUUAGUAUUAGUUAUGAUUAUAUGAAAUUGAUUUGUCGAUAACCAAUGAUUUAGUUCCAGUAUUCUGUUCCUUUUGAUAGGAUUGAUGAUCGCAUAUGGGAUUGUAUUUUUCGAUUGUCGCCUGCCAAUUUGCUAAAUAUGAUUCUCCAUCCAUUCUAUCGGUAGAAUAAUAAAUAUCGAAUAAAUUCUAUAUAAAUAUGUUACAUUGCGAGGUGAAAAACAGAUCAUAGCAGAUUUCAAUUAUAAAUUCUGUGGUAAACUUGAAGGCUGAUAUUUUGCAGAUUACAUCAUGCAUCAUGAAUUUGAUGUGCACCUGAUUGAAAUUUAAUGGAGAUAGGUACACAGCAAUAACAGUUUUUCAUCUUUCGCUGUUUGACACAUAAAAAAUUAUAAACGAGCACGAAGCGCGAAUGUUAUGCAAAUAUGUUGUAAAAGAUAUGUAUACAUGAUAAAGAUAUAAAACAGAGAUAUGUAGUCGAUAAAGAUAUAAAAUUAUAAUUAUAGGUUGUUAUUUUCUAGAGAAAUUAAUUCUUCAUAACAUGGGCUGAAAUUUAAUGAGGUUUUUAGUUAAAGUCGUUUGUUUGUAUAUAAUAGUGAGCUCUGCACAAACAAUUUUAAUGAGGAACAUAUAUAAUUUAAAAUUUAAGAUUUUUUAUACUCUCUCUCUCUCUCUCUCUCUGGUAUUUAUCAAACAUUAUUCUGAGGUUUUUUCAUGAUCUAGCCAUUUACUUAAGAUAUCGAAUUAUCUGAUUCAUAAUUAAUGUUUAAUUCAAUUUCAUCGUUUUCUAUAAAAUAAAAAAGGAGUUUCAAGUAAAAUGAAUUUAAUAGAGAGAUAAGAAUUAGAAUAAUUAUCUCAAUCGUCUACGUGAUGUUCUUAUACUGAUAUUGCUAUUUUAGCUAGAUUAUUCCUUAAUCGUUGUCAUUUUAAAGUAUUAAGUAUAAAGAACCCGCGACGAGAAUCCGUUCUCGGCGACAUAAAAGUCUUAAAUUAAUUGGAUGACUCAAAUGAAAGUGUAAAAUUGGAGCACACCGGGUCUUCAGGACAAAGCAAAAUGGGACACAUUAGGAAACCGAAACACGCCAUAAAGACCGAGGUGUCAACUGCGAGCCGCAAAAAUACUGCAACUCUCAAGAUGAGUUUACAUAGGAUUCUGCCGUGGAUGUGGUGCUUCCUGAUCACGAGUGAAUGUUACAACAUAAAGAAUAGAGGCGAGGACGGCUCGAAGUUGAUACGCAUCGAUGGUGGCAUCAUCCUUGGCGGGAUCUUCCCGAUGCACGAGCAGGUCGCAGGCUCCAUCGGUCAAUCACCGUGCGGCGCCGUAAAGGAAGAGAAGGGUAUGCAACGACUGGAAGCCAUGCUAUACGUUCUAGAUGAGAUUAAUAACGAUACGAAACUUCUGCCGAACACAACGUUGGGAGCUCUUAUUCUUGAUUCCUGCAGCAGCGAUACUUAUGCUUUGGACCAAAGCAUGGAGUUCGUCAGAUCAUACAUGAAUCAGGACAUAUCGGAGUACAAGUGCGAGAACGGCAAGAUGCCCACCUACGUUCCUCAUAAGCCGGUAACCGGCGUGAUAGGUGCUGCAUUCAGUGUAGUCUCUAUCAUGGUAGCCAAUAUCCUGCGGCUAUUCAAGAUACCGCAAGUGAGUUACGCGUCCACCAGCACCGAGCUCUCGGACAAGAGCCGGUUCGAGUAUUUCAGCAGAGUGGUGCCGCCAGACAAUUUUCAAGCGCAGGCGAUUGUCGAGGUGAUCCAUCUCCUUGGCUGGAAGUACGUUUCUACGGUAGCUGUGGAAGGUGAAUAUGGUGAGAAGGGCAUCGCCAAAUUUAUUGCGCUUACGGCGGCAUACAACAUUUGCGUCGCAGUCAGUGAGAAGAUUCUGAGGAACUCCAAGACCGAGGACUUCGACAGAAUAAUCGAGCACCUGAGCUCAAAGCACAACGCCAGAGGAGUCAUAAUGUUCGUUGACGAAGACAACAUAAGGAAGCUGCUUCAGGCAACAGUAAGGGCCAAUCGUACGGGCCAUUUCAUGUGGGUGGGUAGCGAUUCGUGGGGCGCCAAAGUUUACCCCGUCCGAGAUCAGGAGUUCGCGGCAGAGGGUACCAUCACGAUUCUGCCGUAUCGGAAUGCCCUACAAGGUUUCGACGACUACUAUUUGAGCUUGCGACCGCGAAUGGGCGACGAGUGUCGCGGGCAAACGGAGAGCAAUGUUCCCCAUGAGUCGCUGCCGGGGAAGAUGGUGAACUGCCGGAAUAUCUGGUUCCGAGAGUUCUGGUCACAGCAUCACAAGUGCACUUUCAGCGUGAACGCGUCGAGCGACGUGACGCGUUGCACCGGCAUGGAGGACCUCGUCGAUUACGAACAGGAGGGCCUGGUGCCUUUUGUCGUGGAUGCGGUUUACGCCAUGGCACACGGUGUUCAUGAUGUCAUCGAAGAAGAAUGCGUGAACAAUAUAGGCACGCCGCAUUAUCUCUGUGAGUUGAUUCAACCAGCACCGGAUGGUCCACUACUUCUGCAACAUCUACGCAAUGUCAGCUUCAUCGGCCGCCAGAAUACGGAGAUUAAGUUCAACGCCGAUGGGGACGCCUACGGAUUUUAUAACAUCUAUCAAUAUCAAAGAAAGGAAGAUGGUCGCUUCGAUUACACCCUCAUCGGCCACUGGAAGGAAAAGCUCACUCUGGACAUCAAUAUGACGCGAUGGGCGACUGGAGUCGGCGAGCUCCACAUUCCACGUAGUAUGUGCAGCGAUAAUUGCCCGAUGGGACACGUCCGCAAUUUUGUCGAAGCCUGCUGUUGGAGCUGUGUAGCUUGUCGAGAGGAUGCCUAUGCAUAUAACGAUACGUGCAAGAACUGCAAUCCCGGGUACGCACCGAAUUCCACGAUGACGGGCUGUGUCAAGCUCACCGCGGAGGUAAUACCCUGGACGAGCCCUUGGGCGCUGGUACCGCUGAUAUUUGCGUCGAUCGGUAUCCUCAGCACCCUCUUCACCAUCGUUGUCUUUAUACGAUUCAAUCGCACUCCGGUGAUUAUGGCAUCGGGACGUGAGCUAUGCUACGUUCUGUUGGUGGGCAUCCUCUUGUGUUACGGCAUGAGCUUCAUCAUACUCAGCAGGCCGACCACAUGGAAUUGCACAUACCUCAGGAUUGGCCUGGGUCUCUGCCUCAGUAUAUGCUACAGCGCGAUCCUCACGAAGACCAAUCGUAUAUCGCGGAUAUUCAACCAGGGCACGAAGAAGAUCAAGAGGCUCUCCUACACAUCACCGAAGAGCCAAGUGAUGAUCGCUAUCGGGAUCACGGGGAUCCAACUCAUCGGCACUAUCGCCUGGCUGGUGAUCGAACCGCCCGACACCACUGAAAUUCAUCCGUAUCCGCUGUCCGCGGUGCUGACGUGCCGCGUAUCCACGUUCUCGCUGAUGAUGUCCCUCGUAUACAACAUGUUCCUGAUCCUGAUGUGCACCCUGUAUGCGUUCAAGACGCGCAAGAUACCGGAGGACUUCAACGAGGCCAAGUAUAUCGGUUUCACCAUGUACUCGACGUGCAUCGUCUGGCUGGCCUUCGUACCCAUCUACUUCGGCACCAACAACGAUUACAAGUCGAGCGGACGGCUGCCUACGUUGCAGGUUCAGAUCGCGAGCAUGUGCAUGUGCAUCAACAUCUCCGCCUCGGUUGCCCUCGGCUGCCUAUUCACGCCCAAGGUGUACCUGGUGCUGUUCCAGCCGUUCAAGAACGUCCGCCCGGGACAUCCCAACAUGAGCAGAGAUGGCUUGCAGAGCGGCAAUCGCGGCAUGUACAGCAUGCGCUUCGCCGGCGGUCGCAGCCAGACGAUGCAGAGCGUGACCUCAGGCUCACGCAGCAGCCCGCCGAUGUCGCGCGGAGCGGCCGCACGUGCGGACGAGCGGAAGCACGCGAACGAGCAUCGGGCGAGGAUGCGCGAGGCCGAGGCGGAGGUGUAUGUCAACGGCAACGGCGACGAGGAUGGUAGCAGCGGUGGUGGCGGUGGCGGCGGCGUCGGUGGUAGCGGUGGAGACGACGACGAUGAUGAAGAGGAGUGCAAGCUGUCGACUGUUCAAGAGUUGCCGGAACUCAAUGCGGACACCGCCAGUCCGCCGAUGAGCCUGGCGAUGUGCCAGCGCGAGAGGAGUCAACGCGUGAGGCGCCGCGACUUCGAUCAGCCGAGCGAUCGCAACGAAGGCGCAAUCAGCAGUAUCUCUGAGGAAGUAGAGGCGCGCGUGAGAAAAGAGGGGUCGUAUCUGAACGAAGAGCAGAUUCUAAGCUACAGCGACUCGCCGACGUUUUCCGAAUUCUCUUCGUAGUAUUCGAACAGUCAUCUCAAAUUGCGACGAAUUUCCUCCAACACCGCUCGCGGACCAUCCGGCCAACACGAAAGGCCUCGUUCAUCUUGCCGCACUCGUCAGCAUUUUAUAUAAGCGUCAGACGUUUUGUAUCUCUUCUCACGAGAUGUAAGUGAAUUGACAAGCCUUGCUCAACCUUUUGCACUCACGUAUCCGCUUAAGUUGUUACCACGCUCGAGUGAUGCCAUACGUACCAUUUGUACGUUUAGAACUGGUGAAUAUUCUGAUUUUAAAUUAAACAAAAUUAUUUUUAAUUUUUAUGAAAAAUAAAUCCUCGCAUUAAGAUUGAAACUUCUAUUAAUUAAAUUAAUUUAUUAAAUCAUUGUAAAAGUUGUAUUUGUAAAAUCAACCGAAGGAAAAUUCGAUAAUUUCGAGCAAUUAUGUAUACAGGAUUUUAAUUUAAUCUGUUUUCUCUUUUGAUAAAAUACUGGUAUUUUAAUAGUGAAUUAUAUAUCGCGAUAACAGAGACUUUAAUAAUAUAAAUAAAUUUUUGCUGUUAUCAGAGGGAAAAUAAUUUUGAGUGCAGAGGGUGGCAAUUAAGACCGUACGCAAAAAUACAAACUCGACGGCCGCGAGUGCUCAGUCGUCGCUGUUUUGCAGAUCGUACAGUUGUUCAUAUCUGAAACCGUCGUGCUUUGUUCGCCGUGCACGAAUACUGCACUCUCCCGUUGGCAUUCAGUAAAUUCCAGCAUCACACGGGCGAGUUUUUGGUCCAUUCGUCCCUCGCGAGUAGAAAUCUUUUUCCUACGUGUAUACCAAUAAUAUGAUAUGAAGUUGUAUUAAUUUCGGAUUGAUAAGUGUUCUCACGCUCGCGUUCUUCUAUACGCGAGAGCGUGUUCUUUAUGCUAAGAUUUCUGUACGUAAAUCAUUCGAUGUUUCGCGAUUGUUCAAUUUCUGUCGAUGUAGGAUUUGAGAGCUCCUAUGGAAUUAAUAGUCUCCUUUUAUAUGUUCUACACAUAGGGAGAUUUGCUACAAGUAUUAUUACUACACUGCGCGCGUGCAAUAUUAAAGAUUGAAUACGUAGUUUAUUAAACACAUGCGUCUCUCUCCUUUUGCUAGCUAAAUAACAAAAUUUUCUGUCUGUUAUUCACGUCAUGAUUACCAUUUGGACAUUGAUAACGUAAUAUCUAAUUAUGAAUAUAGUAUGAAAAAGGUGCUCACAGUGCUCGCCCAGUGAUUUUGGAAUAUUAUGUACAUACGUUAACUCUAAUCAUAAACAGAUAUGAAUGUAUUAGGACUUGCGAAACCAUUAAACUCCGAUAAUCAAACUAACCGAGUAAUUUCGCAUCCCAUCGCUCGAAAGCGAAUUGCGAGGUACGAAUAUUAGUGAUAGCAGUAAUUUCAGUCGUAUAGUUGAACGUAAUAGAAUGAAAAAUACUGAUUACAAUUAGAGCAACAGCGAUUACGUAAAAGUAUGCCAGUUGCCAAAUACUCGAAACAGGAAGUUGGUCGCGGUGAUCCGGCCGUCUUUAGAAAUCUGUUCACACUGCCAUUGUUUUUAUCUUUAAUAUGAUUUCAAAACAAAACUUUAAAAUAAUAUAAAAUUAACAGUUUGAUGAAAUCUACGCAAGAAAAUUCAUGAUAAAAUUAGAUGCACAACAAAUACAAGUCAAAUUCAGUCUAUAUUUUAAUUUUUUCCGUUUUAAGUGUGAAAAUUUCUGUAUCACAUGACUUUAAAUGAAAAUAACGUAUAAAGUCACGAUAAAUUCUCAAAACUUAAUCAAUCUUAGCGCAAGUCUGAAUUCGAGGUGCGCUGGAAAUAAAACAACGAUGAACCGGCUUGUGAUGCAUCAGCGCGGUCGUCUACAUCGAGUACGCCUAACAAUAAGUUAUUUUUACGUUUCGUGCGAAAGAGGAGAGAUCACACCGACUUCAAAUGACAUUCCUGUACAAAGAAGCCAAAAUCAAAACGAUUUUACUUGCAGCACGAUAAGAAUUGCUAGGUAAGGGACACUCGACGAAACGUUUCGCGGUAGUUCUUAGAUUGUUACAAAGAAAAUGCUCGUUUUUCGUUUAUUCUUUCAAAAAUGGAUCUAUGAUAACUAGUGUUUUCCGUUAUCAAGAUAAAAAUAUAGAUUUUUAUCUAGAUGCGAUCAUUGUUUAUUUUAUCUUUUAUCUAUACAAUAUGUGACAUCUUUUUCUGUAUCUCAGAUAAGAAAAGUAAUAUAUAUUUUAUCUAAAAUAUCUAAGAUAAUGUAAUCAGUACGCAACACUGAUAUAAAUACAUUUCAAAUAAAAAAUAAAAAACGAUCAUUUCAUUUGCAACAAUCUAACAUAUUAAUAUUGUUAUAGCGAUCGUGUAAGCGUAGAAUAUAAGGUAAAGUCUAUCGACCCGUUAGUUAGAGCUCCGUUAUUAUAUAGUUUUCAGAGAAUAUCGAAGGAUACGAGUCUUAAUGCGAUCUCUGUGUGUGGCUACUUCUCGCGCCUUGUAUAUAUAAUAUGCCUAUAUAAAUACUGUUAUUAUUUAAUUAUUAUUGUUAUUUAUUUAUGUUGUUUUACUUGUUUCAAUAAGAGAUAUAUUGCUGAAGAUAAGUGUGGAUACAGUCAUUAGGAGAAUUAUCUUCAUGGGUACAUAGUUACGUUUGCUCAAAAUGUAUACGAAAGUUUAGUUCGUAAUAUUCUUGUUGCAUCUUUAUUUUUUAUAUAAUCAUUUUUAUUUUCAUAAGAUAUAUAUAUUAGGAUUUUUGUUCAGUGCCAGUAUGUUCAAGAAACAUCGUGGACUUUAGUUAGUAGAGUCCAUCGAUAUCUUCUUUUGAUUGUUAAAUUAAUUUAAUUAUUUUGAUAAAUGAUCAAACGUCUGUAAAUAUACGUAUAGUUACGGUGAAGCGAUCACACGAAAUUUCUCGCUUCUCCGAGAAACGAGACACUUCUUAAUUAAUGAUUGUACAAAAUAUUACGGAGCUAUAAAAAGACGUUGAUAUUGCGUGUAUCAAUAACCGUUGUACGUGUGUACUUAUGUGCCUAGCAUCGUGUGAACUACUUUUCGUGGCUGUAUAUCAAUGUCCUCGUGAGAUUAAGUCGAGUAACGAUAAAGAGCACUAUAUAGCUUUUGUUACAAACAAUAUUUUUACUGUGUGUAGCAAUGUUUAAACACGCAACUCAGAAAUUUCGUGAUAAUAAAUUCUUUUGUAGCCAUACAUUUGAAAGGUUCCUUAUAAAGAUAAAUAUAUCUCAAUAUUUUUUGCAUGAUAAACUAAGGAUAUCAAGUAUUAACAAGCAAUUGUUACUCGAUUUAAUACAAAGCAAAGUAGUGGAAUGCACGAACAAUUGUUAAGUACUGUUAAUUGAAAUACGACGAAACACUACACGUUGAAUUAUCGGCCCGAAGGAUGCGCGAAUAACUUUAUAAAUACACAACUGCCUGCGAUAAUAACGAAUGGAGACACCGUAUGGACUCUGUAUAUAACAGUGCUAGUCUUAGAAGAGACCUUUUUCGCACGGGUCUAACUGCUACUCGUUUCGUUUAAGUGCGAUCUUUCAUUUUGAAGUUCCGAGUGGAGGCAUGAGCGAUUCUAACUUCUCUAAUCCUAGUUAAAAAGUUCUCCGAUCCUAUCGGGUCGGAUCAUAUCUUCUCGUCGUCGUCGCGUUAUGGAGAACUUUACUUAGAUGAUACAGCCAAAGAGUAUCUAAAGAGAAUUGCCAAAGAGAGUACCUAAAGAGAUAUCGUCAUCCACGUUUGUUGACGAGUCAGUUUCACGGGUAAAGCCCCUUAGAAAACUAUCGAGAUAUUUAUUAACUAUCGAGAUAUUAUUUAAGCGAGAUGUUAUAUAUUAGUAUUAGAGAAAACGCGUGUCGGAAGCACGAAUAACUGUAUCGUCAGCGUUUGUACAUGCGUCAAGCGUUUAUGCGAGCGAACGGAAACGUACUCAGGGUACAUUCAGCAUACCCUGGCACGCUGAAUAAUCAAUUAACGCGUAAUGAUGUUCCGACCGCGGAGAGAUCUCAAUUUUAAGCGAAGUUUUAUAUCACGGUGCCAAAUCGAUGUGUUAGCACGAGGAAUUAACGGACGUGUUAUAAACGCAAUUACACGAAAUAUUAUUCUGUAAGAUUAAAGAACGGUGAUAGGGAGAGUCGAUGUCUCUCUUGAAACGUUAAGCCGAUACAUUAUUAAGCGCGGAUAAAAAUAAAAUUUUGUAAAUAGAGAGAAGAGAAAAUAUAUAUAAUAUAUACGUAAUAUGUAACACGAUACAUACGUAGUGUGCGAUGUUAAAUGUGUGCGGAAGCGAUGGCUUUGAAGAGCCGCUUGUACAUUUGCCCCAUGAAUAUGGGGUAUUCAAAUUAUAUAUAAUCUAAAUAAUCAAAACUCUGGUUCUUUCGGACUUCACAUUACGAAUAAUCUUACUUAAGCUUGAUAAGAUUACUUUUUAUAUUUGUAUAAUUACAAUUUAAUACUGAAUGUUACACACUACAGAGUACUUCUCCUUUGAUCGACUUGGUACUGAAAACUCAAGUCAAGUCAUGUCAGUGCCGCGCGGUCCUUUGUUAGAAUUAGCCAAUAUAAUAUUAUUAACCGCACUUAUUGAACCGUAAAUUAAGCAGAGCAAUUCCGAAACUAUACAUUCAUUGUUUUAAUGGCGUAUUAUUUUCUAUGUAAAUAAUAUUAUACCGUAGAACGAAAACAACUUGCAACUUUAUGCGUGUGUAUAAAGUUUCCCGGCGAUCCUGUGAACUUUAAGAAAGAUCACAUCUUAUUAUAUCAUCUAUUGAUUGUCUUGUUUCUUCUAAUCGUUUACACGCCGCUAAUUCGAUGUCGGAUUGUUUUAAUCGUAAAACAUUUUCUGCAAUACGUUCGAGCAGUAAUGCAUCAAUAAGAAAAUCUAUAACAGUAACAUAGACAUCGUAAUGAAUCAAGAAUCAGGUUAACAAACUCAUACUUUCUU